AUGCACCCUGUUGUUCUGAAUACUAUGAUCGUUGAUUGUUUUGUACAGUAUUCAAUAGACCCGAAUCUUUUAUCAGAUAUGGUUACUACUCGCAGACGCUCGCUGGCAGUACAGGUGUCACCAAACCCUAGUCGAGAGACUGGUGUUAAAAAGGCACCGAUCAAAAAAGCAACCAAGAAAAAGGAUGGAAUCUCACAGAGCUCCUCUCCCACAGCUGACCCAGAUCACGAGCGAGAACCUGGAGAACUCACGCAAGAUAGCGCUGCAGACGUCUCAGAAAAGAGGAUUCUGAGGAGACGUAGUUCAACCGCAAUAAAAGCCCCUGCUCAAAAAAAGAAACAACGAUUGGAGUCGGAAACACCUGUCGCGAGUGGAAAAAAGAGGGUGCAGCCAUUAAGAACUUCAGAUGAUGAGACUUUCAAAGAAGAAACAGGGAGUAAUGCAGUUGGUGAGUCGAUAGAAACUGCUCACCCUGUAACGACUGAGCGGGCUUCGUCUAACAAAGAGAACGAGGUCGAAGACGUUGACUUCGUGAAUAAUGACAGGAAGGUUGAGACUGCUAAUCGUCGUGCACCUCGGAAGAAAAAGGUAAAAUCGAAAGCCGCGUCUGGAUCAGAUGAGAAAGAGCAAGAUUUGAAGCCAAAGAGCAGCACUGGACGAGAUGUCUCAAAGACAGCUACAAAAAGGAAAAGAAGCGAGAAAGCACAGUUGGAUGCGGCCAUGUCAGAUGGUGAAGGUGGAUUUUCUGCAGCUGAUGUAGAUUCUGAUGAUAGUGACUUUUCUCCAUCUCACCGUUCGAGGCAUUCUAAAAAACGUAGCAGCGAAGAAAGUGGAGACGGUUCUGAGGACUCACCAGAAACUGAGCUUGCGUCUUCGUCUAAUCCAGACCUAAAAGAACCUCGGCAGGAAAGUUACGAACCUAUUGUACGACCAGAAAUCUUUGCACUGUUAAGCGUGCGAAAUGAGAUCGCAGCUCUUCCAAAAGACCUCAGCCCA